CUUGUGGUGCUCGUAGUUAUGGCAACCACAUUAGCAAACGGGACACCAAUAGUCGAUAAAGCAAAGGAUGCAGCUAAAUCAGUUGGCGAUAAAGCGAAAGAUACAGCUGCAGCAGUUGAAGCUAAAGCGAAAGAUACAGCAGCAGCAGUUGGAGCCAAAGUACCCGGAGCCAAGGCAUUUGGAGCUGCAUGGAAAGCAGCGUGUGCAGCAGGAGGCACAAUUAUAGUGCCAAAAGGUGAGUAUUUGGUCGAGGCUCUAGAGUUCAAGGGUCCAUGCAAAGGUCCAGUCACUAUGGAAUUGAAUGGCAAUCUAAAGGCUCCGGCUGCAGUCAAGUCUACUAAACCUCAUUCGGGAUGGGUUGAUUUCGAAAAUAUUGCUGAUUUCACUUUGAAUGGGAACAAAGCUAUUUUUGAUGGUCAAGGUGCCCUCGCCUGGAAGGCCAAUGACUGCGCCAAAACUGGAAAAUGCAACUCUCUCCCCAUCGUAAGCACAUUUGAUUAUGGUACUGAAAAUCUCAUUGUUGAGAACGUCGAAUGUGGACCAGGACAUGGUAUUUCCAUCGGAAGUCUUGGAAGGUACCCUAACGAGCAACCCGUGAAAGGAGUCACAGUGAGGAAAUGCCUCAUCAAGAACACUGACAAUGGAGUUCGCAUCAAGACAUGGCCUGGAUCUCCCCCCGGUGUUGCCUCCAACAUUCUUUUCGAAGAUAUCACAAUGGACAACGUUAGCACUCCCGUUCUCAUCGACCAAGAGUAUUGUCCUUAUGGCCACUGCAAAGCUGGGGUACCAUCUCAAGUGAAGUUGUCGGACGUGACUAUCAAGAACAUUAAGGGCACAUCAGCGACAAAGGUGGCUGUGAAACUAAUGUGCAGCAAAGGCGUGCCUUGCACCAAUAUUGCCCUCUCUGACAUCAACUUGGUCCACAACGGUAAAGAAGGACCAGCUGUCUCGGCAUGUUCUAACAUCAAGCCUGUUCUCACCGGAAAGUUGGUUCCGGCGGCUUGCACCGAAGUAGCUAAACCGGGUCCUUAAAUUAAGGUCGCUUGUCCACCAGUCAUCCCUCUAAUCUAGUGAAUUAGGGUGCGAUGAAGAAGUUUUGCAAUAUUUUUCUUUUUCUUUUUAAUGAAUAAGUCAUCUAUAUAUAGAUUUUAAUAGAUAAUAGUCCCUUCAUUCUUGAUGUUUACCAAAUGAAGAGUGACUUGUGAUUGGAUAGUUAUUUUUA